GGCUGAGAUUCAGAUUUUUGGUGGUGCAAAUUUGAGGUAGAAGACGAGAAUGGAGAUAUGAAAAUAUUAUGAACCAGACUACAAACAAACCACUAAACUGAGCUCAACAAAACAAUGAAGAUCGGCGGAGGAUUGGUGUACGGAGCCCCACGCGCCACCGCUCUACCCAAACUACUAUUUAGCCAUGGAAGCAACAGACUUCGUUGCUCUGCUACUUCUUCAUCAACUGAUCAUGUAAGUUUCAUAAAGGAUGUAGCUACAAGUAAGCCUCCUCAGAAUUUGUCUCAACUUAUGAAAAUGCUCAAAAUAAGAGGUGAUACUAUUAUGUCUCCAGGAGCUAAACAAGGGUUAAUCCCCAUUGUCAUUCCACUUGCUAGAAACAACUCUGGUGCUAUAACUGCUCUUCUGAGAUGGCCUACAGCUCCACCUGGCAUGGAGAUGCCAGUAGUGGAGGUCAGAAAGCAUGGAGUUUGGCUCUUGGCCAAGAAUGUAGACCAAUUGAUUCAUAGAAUUCUAGUUGAAGCAGAUACCGAAAACUCUAGUGAGAAUAGCGACGAGCUGUUUCAUGCUUCGGGUGAUUUGGGGGAAAAACUUUACACAAAGGGUGACUUUGCCAAGUCUCAAAUUUCAAACCUGGAUGUCUACCUUCUAAAACAAGUUGGUUUGUUCCCUGAUGUUUUAGAGCGUAAAGUAAAGCGACAUUUCGAGCAAGGAGACCAUGUUUCAGCAAUGGUAACUGGAGAAUUCUACACUAAAAAGGAGCAUUUUCCAGGAUUUGCACGGCCCUUUGUGUUCAACGCAGAGGUUUUGCUGAAAGUUGGUCGGACUAGUGAAGCUAAAGAUGCAGCGCGGGGAGCUUUAAAAUCACCAUGGUGGACACUAGGUUGCAAGUAUGAGGAAGUUGCUAAUAUAGCUCAAUGGGACGACGAGCAAAUUGAGUAUUUUAAAGAGAAAGUUAGUGAAGAAGGAAAGCAAGAAGAUCUUAAGAAGGGAAAAGCACCUGCUCAGGUUGUAUUGGAUGAAGCUGCUUUCUUGUUGGAUUUAGCUUCUGUGGAUGGGACUUGGGAUGAAUGUGUUGAGCGUAUUGCUGAAUGUUAUAAAGAGGCUGGUCUUAAUGAUGUUGCAACAUUCAUACAAUACACAGAUUGACAAGAGUUGAGUUUAUCACUAUCACUUCUUCCUAUUCUUCUUAUUCUUAUUCUUUUUUUUUGUUUAAGAUAAAAAAGAAAUAUACAUAUAUAUGUUUUGAAUUUUUGUAACCACAUUGAAAACAUUCAUGUAGCUACAAUUUUGAGUUUGAAGUCCUAUUUGAUCCUAUAUAAUACCACAUCAUUAAUUUAGGUGUA